AUGGCAGAUGACUCGCAGUCAAUUGAAGAAAAUGAAGUGUAUUUGCCUAAUGAUGAGCUCUGGAUCUAUGAAAUGGAUAGUGGGUUAUGGACAAUGCACCUGAUGGAAGGAGAGUUACCCACCUCCAUGUCAGGAAGUUGUGGGGCAAGCAUUAAUGGGAAGCUGUACAUAUUUGGUGGAUUUGAUGAUAAAGGAUACAGUAAUCGGCUGUAUUAUGUUAAUUUGCGAACAAAAAACGGAACCUAUAGGUGGAAAAAAAUUACAAAUUUUAAAGGUCAACCUCCUACGCCACGUGACAAGCUUUCCUGCUGGGUGUAUAAGGACAGGCUGAUAUAUUUUGGUGGCUAUGGCUGUAGGAAGCACAAUGAACUGAGUGACUGUUUUGAUGUCCAUGAUGCAUUUUGGGAAGGACAGAUAUUCUGGGGAUGGCAUAAUGAUGUUCACGUUUUUGAUACAAACACACAAACUUGGUCUCAACCAGCAAUUAGAGGCGGAGAUCCACCUCAGCCUCGAGCAGCUCAUACAUGUGCUGUGCUGGGAAAUAAAGGUUACAUCUUUGGAGGACGAGUACUGCAAACUAGAAUGAAUGAUUUGCACUGCCUGAAUUUAGACACUUGGACUUGGUCUGGAAGAAUUAGUAUCAGCGGAGAGAAACCAAAAGAUCGAUCAUGGCACACGUUGACUCCUAUAGGAGAUGACCGACUUUUUCUUUUUGGUGGACUGAGUUCUGAUAAUGUUCCUUUAAGUGAUGGUUGGAUUCACAGCAUUUCAACAAAUGGAUGGAAACAACUUACCCACUUGCCUAAGAGUAGGCCUAGAUUGUGGCAUACAGCCUGCCUUGGAAAAGAAGGAGAAGUGAUGGUGUUCGGUGGAAGCAAAGAUGACUUGCAUUUUAUGGAUACAGGUCACUGCAGUGAUUUGCUGAUAUUUCAGACUCAGCCUUAUUCGCUCCUCAGGUUGUCUCUUGACUGUAUUGGUAAAAAUGCAACCCUCCUACAGAAUCAAAUACCGUGCUUGCCAUCCAAACUUCUGCAGCAGGUGCUGAAAAAAAUAACCUUUUGGGCUGCAGUUAACCACCGGCAAGAGAAAAAAGCUGAAACUGAAAGACAAGGUCAACUUAAUACCACAUGAACGAUCGGCAGCAAAACUGUUAAACACUUUGUUUAUUUCCAGUGUACAGCAAAGUCUUUUGUUAGUGAACUUUACUAAUGCUACAGAACAACUGUAUGUUAUGCUGAGUUUCUAAGUGAGGUUUGAGAACAAAGACAUUCUUUUUAUGGAAAUCUCUUUUGUUUUCUGCAUUAUAGAAAACUGAUAAAACUUCAUUUGUAUAUAUUGUUAACUUCUGCUGUUGUGGUCUUAAUGAGAGAGUCCAUAAAACUUGUUCUUUUUGUAGGUGACAGGUGAUAUAAAAUGUUUUCAGUUUGAUAAAAUACGGCUUAAGUCUUAACUCUUAUUACAGCCUUAUCACAUCAGCAUUUCUGAACCGAUACAAUUAGUUCAACACAGUAUCUUUGGAAGGUUCACACUUGAUGUUCUUCAAAAAGAUAACUAAUUUGCUAAUAUGACAAUUCCAAAUCCUAUUACUCGAUUCCGCCACAUUCUAUCAUUCGAUUAGUUACUAAGAGCCAGCGAUUUUGCUCAAAGUAGAAAAACACUGUAGAACUUGAAGAAAAAGCUGUAAUGAGCAACAUUGCAGUUUGUAUGUGGAAGCUUUCAUGCUGCUCAUAAUAUGGUUUUGCUGUGUUUCUGUAAUCACUGAGUCCUUCUUAAAAUAGGUUGUAUAUUGUAUUUUGAGUGUGUAAAGUUUACAUUUAAGUCUUGUUUUUUAAAAAUUAUGCUUAUUUAUUGUUAUAAAAGAGCACUGUAGUUCUUGCUAUUUUUCCGUUUCAAAUAUUUAGUUAACGAGAGCGCAGUCAUUAAAAUUUUCUAGAGGGUU